CGGUAUAAGAUAUAUAAUAGAAGAUUGGAUUCGAAUUGGAGUUGGUAGUUAUAACCCACUGUUCUUCUACAGACUGUAAACAAGUGUUCUCAGUUAGUGAUAGUUUUUUCUGUGAUAUACUCGACUAACGUGUUCAAAAGUUUCUGAAGAUGGGGGCUGUUUAUCUGAUUUGUGGCCUCCUCAUCUUCCAGUUAGCGACUUCAGCUGUAGGUGAGCCCUCUUACUACAGGCAAUACAGGAUCCUGUCAGGGUUGCCUUCCUCUAAUUACUACUCCCCACAGCAAUACUCGCUCUACGCGAACCCCUACGUCCAUCAUCCCUACAGAUACUCUGAUCCUGUCCGGGAUGACAAAAUUUAUGUUACCGACCAAUAUGGAAGAACCACGGUGCAGUCAGGAGCGAGUUAUAGAGCAAUGUCUUUCGUUUCUACAACAUGCACUGCCAACACAUGUGGACAAAAUGCUCAAUGCCAAGUUGUUCAAGGACGUCCUGUAUGCUCUUGUUUGAGGGGACAUUCUGGUGACCCACUUUCGUACUGCAAAAGAGCUGAAUGCCUUGACGACGCCGAAUGCAGGGGACAAUCCACCUGCAGGAAUGGGAAAUGCAUUGACCCCUGUGCAGGAACUUGCGGACCAAAUGCACUCUGCGAAGCGAGAAGAGGCAUUCCCGUCUGUUCCUGUCCUCCAGGGUACACCGGAGACGCGAUAACCUCCUGCAGAAGAUUCGAUCCUGGUAAGCACUACAACACUACGACUGCUUUGUUAAAUGGAGUUCCAACGUGCCUGUGCAAACCUGGUUAUCAUGGUUCCCCUCUGGCUGGAUGUCGCCAUGAAUGUGACAGCGAUGCUGAAUGUGGGCCUACAGCUGCCUGCAUAGAGUUCAAAUGCCAAAAUCCAUGUUUGAGUCAAUGUGGAAAGAACGCUGAAUGCGAGACCAUCAGCAAUCACCGGGCCGUUUGCAAAUGCCCCAAGAACUAUUUCUGAAAUCCCUAUUCAUCUUGCCAACCCGAGUGUUAUGGAGACAGUGACUGUCCCAGCUUCAAACCUGCCUGCUUUUACGGCAUCUGUAAGAGUCCCUGUGAUGGAGCCUGCGGAGUUGGUGCAAACUGUGAGCUACGUGGUCUCACUCCAGUGUGCUCAUGUCCAAGAGAUAUGACAGGCGAUCCGUUCGUAAGAUGCAGACCAUUCGAACCAAAGGACUUGUGCGAACCAAAUCCUUGUGGAAGUAACGCUCACUGUGAACCAGGAUUUGAUAGAUAUAACAAAGAGCGACCAGUUUGUACCUGUCCAUUCGGAUAUACUGGAGACCCGUUGAAGGCUUGUUUCAAAGGAGAAUGUACUGAUGAUAGUCAAUGUGCUGAUAGUCAAGCCUGUAUCGAGUAUAGGUGUCAGAAUCCUUGCGUCAAUCAAUGCGGUGUGAAUGCUAACUGCAACGCUAGGCGCCAUCUUGCGGUAUGUACCUGUCCAGCAGGAUAUAAUGGAGAUGCUCUGAUACAGUGCUACCAGAAUAGAGGAUCAGAAGCCCCCAGAUCCAGAGCCCUAACCUACUGCCCUACUUGUUAUUAGGUUAUUUGAAAAGGUUUUAACAAGGAUACUUAACAGUAUGUUUAGAGAUGAAAUGUGAUAAAAAUCAAAUGUCGAGUGUACAGGCUUUUUCUGAAUGAGCAUAUUUUGAUUAUUCGAUCUGGUUUUUAAGUCUCGAUUAGUUUUAAUAUGCAUAUUCAUCACGUGGACAUGAGAGAAUCAUUAAAAAUAUCCUAAUUCAAGUAAGUAAAUUUCACUUUCCA